GAUUGCGGGUCUCUCACAGACUUUCUUGCCUGCUCUGGCUUUGAAUCAUGAUUCUCAGAUCUCAGCCCCCUAAGUAGGAAGGAUCACUGGCGUGAGCUACCGGUGCUCGGCUGCAUUUUGUUUUUGAGAUAAGGUCUAACUUUGCCCUGUCUGGUCUAGAACUCUAGGUUUUCCGGCCUCGUCUUCAGAGCGGUGAGGGGAUUCGAGAUAUUAAAGGGUUUGCCUGAGUCAGGACUUGGAAGUGGCAAAACUGAUUCUACUAGCUUGUCAUUUGGCUGUGCGGGGAAAAUAAUGAAACUGAAGCAUAGAGUCAGGGCGACAGCCAAGAGCCUAGAGAGGCAGAACUACCAGCCCGGUUCCACUGUAGUAACCUCCGACCGCCCACUAAGCUCCAACGCCCGGUCGCGCGGUUUCUAGGGGGCGGAGGUGGGCGGGGAGACGGUGCCUCCGUUCGCUGCCUUUCAUUGGUCGUCCCUCACAGGGCCCAUGCUCACACGAGGGAACCCAGCCAAUCAGCGCCCACGCUUUCUGCUGCGCAAUAUCACGUUGUGGCUGUCCCUCCUGCGGCAUGCUGGGAGUCGUAGUCCAUUUUGCCACCUCUUCUUACAGAGAGAGACGGGACGGAACUACUAGACCCAGAUGGCCGAGCGCGGAGCGCGUUCGGCUUUUAGGUGUACCCCGCCAACAAUCAGGACCAGCCAGAGCCUGCAUCCCAGAACAGAGCUUUCUGCUCCUCUCUCAGAAUGAAUGGGGACCAGAAAUCGAAUGCUUAUGCCCAAGAGAAGCAGGAUUUCAUCCAGCACUUCUCCCAGAUUGUCAAGGUGCUGACUGAGGAUGAGAUAGGGAGCCCAGAGACUGGAGACGCCAUAGCGCGGCUGAAGGAGGUCCUGGAGUACAAUGCCAUCGGAGGCAAGUAUAACCGAGGCUUGACAGUGCUGGUAGCAUUCCGGGAGCUGGUGGAGCCAAAGAAUCAGGAUGCAGACAGUCUCCAGCGCGCCCUGACCGUGGGCUGGUGUGUGGAACUGCUGCAAGCUUUCUUUCUGGUGUCAGAUGACAUCAUGGACUCUUCCCUCACCCGCAGGGGGCAGACUUGCUGGUAUAAGAAGCCCGGCAUAGGUUUGGAUGCUGUCAAUGACGCUCUGCUCCUGGAAGCGUGUAUUUACCGCCUGCUAAAGUUCUAUUGCCGGGAGCAGCCAUACUACCUGAACCUGAUCGAGCUCUUCCUGCAGAGUUCCUAUCAGACUGAGAUUGGGCAGACCCUGGACCUCAUCACAGCUCCUCAGGGCCAUGUGGAUCUUGGCAGAUACACUGAGAAACGGUAUAAAUCUAUCGUCAAGUACAAGACGGCCUUCUACUCCUUCUACCUGCCCGUUGCGGCUGCCAUGUACAUGGCAGGCAUUGAUGGGGAGAAGGAACAUGCCAAUGCCAAGAAGAUCCUUCUGGAGAUGGGAGAAUUCUUUCAGAUCCAGGAUGAUUACCUUGACACCUUUGGGGACCCCAGUGUGACAGGAAAGGUUGGCACUGAUAUCCAGGACAACAAAUGCAGCUGGCUGGUGGUCCAGUGUCUGCAGCGGGGCACUCCAGAACAGCGCCAGAUUUUGCAGGAAAACUACGGGCAGAAGGAUGCCAAGAAGGUGGCGCAGGUGAAGGCACUUUACGAGGAGCUGGACCUGCCGGCCGUGUUCCUGCAAUACGAGCAGGACAGUUACAGCCGCCUGAUGAGCCUCAUCCAGCAGCACGCAGCUCCUUUGCCGCCUGCCAUCUUCCUGGGGCUAGCCAACCAGAUCUACAAGCGGAAAAAGUGACCUCGAGACUGCCGGGCCUGGGAGGGAGGGCUCUCAAUAAAUUAUUAUUGUCCAACCUUCU